AUGGCAAAUGGUGGUGUUGUUGGUAACAAACAUCUGAAAAAAGCGCUAAACUCUUACAAUAUAACGAGCGAUGUCGAACAUUCUAUCAUUGACGACAAUGCUACCGUCAUCGAAGUAUGGCUAGAGUCAAACCAGGCACUCUUUUCCAAUCUAAAGAUGACCGCGAUCUAUAUAUGUGUCGACUCUGAGUCGAACCGUGUCAGUGCCGUCCUGAACACCAAUCCAUUUGCCGCCGUCUCAAAGUGGCGAAAACAUAUAUUCGUCUAUGUGAUCGUGCUCGAGGGCAUGGGUAGAAACACAAGACUCAUCAAAACACAAUUCAUGCCAAUUCCGACACCGUCAACCAACAACAGCGCUAAUGGAAACAGCAACAAUGGUAAUGGAUCAGGAUCUUCGACAUCUUCGCUAUCGACAUCGCCCGGAACCAGUCCGACAUCGAGCACACUCUCACUGCCUUCAUCCGCGUCAGCAAUGGCCGUUGGAAACAUUGGUAACAGCGGAAAUUGCAACGGUGGAAGUGGCGGUUCCCCAUCUAAUUCUUUCAACCAGUUUGUCAUGACCGACGUCGCCAGCAGUAGCAGCAGUAGCAGCAGUGUUGGAUCACCUUCGAAUUCCUCACCAAAUUUUACACAAUCUUUUUCGAGCGCCAGUAGUAUCACUUCUGCUGGACAACUCAACGGACAAUCAAACCAACAACAACAACAGCAACAACAACAGCCAGCUUUUUUAUCGUUUAUCAAUAAUGUAAUUCACAAAGUUACACCACCACCACAAGUGCAAACACUGAUAGAGAACAUCCAGUAUCUACUGAUUCAAAGUAUUCAGAGAGCACUCAACAACUUUGUCAAUAGCAUUCAAAGAGAUCGUCUCUACUACAAUCAAGUGAUAUCCUACAAGAAGAACGAGGGAAUGUAUCUACCAACAUUGUUUCUCUCACAUGCAGGACUCUCACCAAAUGUUUCACCAACUAGUAUCUCUCCACCUAUUUCCGCUUCAACAACAACCUCUAACAACAACAAUGCAAAUAAUAUUAAUAUUAAUAUUAUUAGUAAUAAUAACAAUAAUAACAACAUUGUUUCAAGUAAUACUCUUGCUAUUCCAGGAUCAAACAAUAAUUUAAAUACCAAUAAUGGUAUAAGUAUAUAUGGUUCUCCUUUGAGUUGUUCACCCAAUUCAUCGGUUAUGUUCUUACCAAUGUCAAGUUCACCUUCACUCUCGAUUGCACACUCUGAACCACCAUCACCACCAACUGCACAGCAGUCCGAUAACCAGCCACUUACCGACGACGAAGACAGCUUGUCAUCCUCGCCAAACUCAUCAUCCGACAUCUCGAUAGUAGUUACAAACACACCAGCCAUUCCACAAUCUAAAUUCCUCGCUUACAACAAUGUCAUUCACAAUAUCAUUGGUAGUCACCACUACAACAACUUUACUCCAAAAAAGAUAACACCCAUACUUGCAAAUAACAUUAUAUUGGGUGGAAGCAGGCAGAAUACUAAGCAACCAUCCACCGACAACGAUAUCGCCAGCAACUCUGCAUCCGUCGUAAGCAGCAGUAUUACUAGUACAACCGGUAGCAUUCUCAGUGACAAGUCAAACUCGACUUUGGCAACCUCUUCAGCUUCCACUCCUUCCAUAUCGACACCGAUUGGAAGCGUAGGCACCAUAGCAUCACCCAUCAAUACACCGACAAGCUCCUCUUCAUUUAUGCAUAGUAAACCACGUGGUCUAAAGCAAUCAAAGGAGCUAGGUGAGAGACCAAGUAUCUCAACCUACGAAACCAAAGAUGGAUUUGGUUGUGCAGUCAUUUCCUCACUCUACGGGUGGGACUUUGAGAAGAAAGAAAGAGCCGGUGAACCAUUUGCCGAUUGUUUCUCACUCACCACAAUGUCUCAUCCAAAUCUACGUGCUACCCUUACCAUUGCCGAUGGUAGUGGACUUGGUGCAGAUGCUCAUCGCGCUGCUACCAUGUCUGUACUUGGUGCAAAUGAUUAUCUUGAUAAUAUAAAUUCAAUUGAAAUAACUACAACCAAUGAUUUACUGACGGUUCUUGGUAAUGCAAUUAUGGAGGGACAUAUGAGAAUCAUUGAGGAUGAACACUACCAGAAUAAAGAGAUACACAUUGAACCAAAGGGUGCCACUACUUUUUGUAUUGGUUGUCUUGGUCAAACAAAGAAUAUACUUCAGAAUCUAUCGUCUUCGUCCAAAGAUAAAAAGCCAGCAGCAUCUGAUCUUAGAGCUCAACAGUUCUCUAGACCACUACCACCUCCACCACCCAAACCCAAGGGUAACUUAGCUGUUCCAUCGUCAUCAUCUGGUGCCGCAUCAAUAAGAUCAUCCGAUGACUCUGUAGAUACCAGUGAUAAUAGCUCCAAGAGGAAGAAUAGUUAUUCAAACAACAACAACCAAGUGUACAGUCAAAAUAAUAAUAAUAAUAAUAAUAAUAAUAAUGUAGAUAGUAAUAAUAAUAAUAAUAAUAAUAAUAAUAAUAAUAAUAAUAAUAAUAAUAAUCAAUUGGAAAGUGAUGAAGUUGAAGUGUCAAAUUCUAAUAUUUUGGAUUAUGAGAUCGAUCCACCAGAGAUUACAAUCAAUGAAUUGCCAGCAAAGGUAGAGUCGAUUCUUGAGGAGAUUCAAUCUUUAGAUAUCAAACCAUCGAGACUAUCGAUUACACUCACCUCUGAACUACCAACCACUCCAAGACAAGAAGAGCAAGAGGAACAACAACAACAACAGCAACCAGAAGAAAUCGAACAAUCCCAACAAUCAUUACAAGAAGAAGAAGAAGAGCAACAACAACCAAAAUCACCGAGACCAUCCGUUGAGAACUUUGAUCAACAACAACAACAACAACAACAACAAACACAUACAGAACCAUGUUCAUGCCCACAACAUAAUAAUAAUAAUAAUAUCAAUACAAAUGAGUCAGACAACAACACAUGUACAGUUAAUAUUGAAGAAAAUAACAAUAACAAUAAUAGUAUUACUAAAAAAGUUAAACCUGUUCCACCUCCAAGAACAUUCAGAUCGAAUCUCUCAGUAUCACCCUCCAACUCUAGUAUAUCGUCGAUGGUGUCCUCCAGUAACUCUACUACCGAAUCGGUAAGCAGUAGCAGCUCAAGCUCACCACGUCUUGCCAGCACAGAUGGUCAGUGGUUCUUUAUGGUCGGAUCUGUCGGUGAUUGUAGGGCGUUCCGUUGGAGCUGCACAUCGAAAAAGGUGACCGAGAUUACCAAUGUCAAGCCAACCAGAAACUUUAAUGAAGCUGGUGGUCAACUCGGUUGGAUGUGGGGUGGCGACGAAGGUCUGUGGCCAUACAACGCUUCGGACUACCCUGGCGAUCCACGUCCAGAACUCAAGGAUGAGCUCACCAAAGCCAAGAACGAAAAGUCAAGACCAAACUUGAAGAAUCUGCACUUUGGACUGGUACUGGUGAAUCCCGGUGACCGUGUAUUCAUCGCAUCCGACGGUGUUACCGAUAACUUUUUGAACAUGAAUCCAUCGGUCAACGAAGAGAAGCAGGUCACCAAGGAGGAGUUGGAAACCAACAUUUCCAAUUUCAUCAAAUCACAGACACCAGAGGUGAUUGCUUCGUGUGACCGUCUCUGUCAGGCCAUCGUUACACACUGUCUCGAGAAAACACAAAACUUUAGAAACAUCCAAGAGGAGAUGAGUCGUACACUACUCAAGAUGAAGGAGAUCGAAAGAAGUGGCGAAGAUCUCUCGAAAGAUCAGUCCUAUCAAUCGCUAAAGAAGAACUACUCUAAACUAGCCAACAGCAUUCGACAUAUCAAAUAUGGUAAACCCGAUCAUUCUUCUAUCGUUAUGUAUGAAGUACCUUAUUCGCAUUGA